AUGCCACCGAAGGGAAGGAGGAAGAAGAAGAAUGCCCCGCCGCCGCUUGUGGCACCGGAGCCGGCCGGCGAUGAGCUGGAGGUUGACAUUUUGUGGGAUUGCGUGAAGGAGGUGGACGACAAACCCUCUUUUAUGGACGGCUCGCUGCUGGACGCGACCCGCGCCUGCUUCGAGGGCGAGAAGGGCCAAAAGGGCACGGGCGAGGUUGCGAGGACCGCCUUCUUUGGGCGGACACGACACCUGCUUGCCCCGCGCGCCUGUCCCCAGUUUCUGGCGUCGGAGAAGGAGUUGCAGAGAACGAUGGAGAAAGCCAAAAACAUUCAGGAGGAUGUCAGUGAAUUCGAGUUGCUGAAGGAGAAGGAGCGAGAGGAGGCUCAGCGCAAGAGGGAGAGAGUCACCACGACGGCGCGGAAUCUCAUGACGGAAUUAUCGGAUGCCAGGCUUAUUUUCUUGGAGGACAUGGAGGAGAUAGCGGAGGGCUUCUUUUCGGAUCAGAAGCAAAUGCUGGAAACACUAUGUAACCUUGCGGUGAAGGAUAAUGAGGUGGAGGCGGCUUUUCUGGAGCAGCAGACGAUGCAGCAACUUUAUCGUGACGCAGAGGAGAAGUACUUCAGGGAUCACGGAGAGCAUGUGGUCCUCAUUGCCGAAAUGCAGUCUGAGACGAGUCAACAGCAGGAAGAAAUGCUUCAGUUGAUGCUUCACCGCCUCGACAAGGGGGUUGUUGAAAUGACAAAGUUGUCCGUAGAGGAGCUGGAGGAUAAGGCAUCCGCGCAGGAGGAGAUGUCACGGCUUAUUGUGGAGCUUCUGAAGGUCCAAGGGCACUCUGUCGUUCUGGAGAAAGAGACGACGUCUAUCGCCGAGGAAAUGGUCGUCAUGCAGCGUAUGAUUGCGUUGGAGUUACAGAAGCAACAGUUUUGCAUUAGGCGCCAGAAGCAACUUAGGGAGGAACUCCAGUCCUUGUCCGCCAGGGUCCGGGAGAACGAAAUGCGGCUCAUCGCAAUGAUGAGCAACAAAACCCCGAGCGCUGCCUACACCGCCACACUGCCAAUGGUGCCAGUGUCUCCCAACACCAUUGCGAGUCUGACCGAGACCGAGGGGAAGAAGAGCGUUGCGCUUCUGACCAUCGAAUUGCAACGCCAUUUAGAAGCUAGCAGUGCGGAGCUUGCAAACUACAAGGAUGAACUUUGGGCACUGCGACGCCAGCAUCUUGUGCAACUGAGUGGACAAUACCAAUCCUUUAAUUUGAACAAUUCCUUUUUUGGUACCACGAAGGAAUUUUUUUUGGAUGCGGACACGAAGGCCGCUGUUCGCUCCAUCGUUGUGGAGGCACUGAUGCAGGUAAAUCACAUUCUUGGUGUGAUCGAUGACACGGCAAAGUUUCCUGGUAACUUGGAGCGUUUGUUGUCUGUGGUUGAUUUGAGGGAUCGAAAGUUUAUUCAAAAUUACGUGGCAAAUCGCAUCAACACGUUAUUUAGCCGCAUCUGCCCGACAGCCCCCCCGCUUCUUUUUCUCCGCGAGGCGGCAAAUGUACAGUCGGAAAUAUGA